UUGAUUACCACAUAAUCAUCCUCAAGGAAUCUUUCCAUCCCAAAAAUAGGUGUAAUUAAGGGUAUAAAUAGGGUAUUAGAGUUAGGUCAUACUUAUUCAAGAAGAUAUAUAGCUGCUGCAUGUUUUAAAAUGGAAAUUACAAUAGGUGUAUUAUUAGCCUGCGUUAUUGGAUCCCUGCCGUUGUUGGGUUUACUAACGUGGUGGUGGAACGAGAUAUGGGACGUUCUCCCUCUGAAAUUUCAACUUUCCGGUACGGCUACGAAGUUACCACCUGGCCACCUGGGAUUUCCCUUUGUUGGCGAGAUGCUUACCUUCCUUUGGUACUUCAAAAUUCUUGGCCGCCCAUAUGAUUUCAUCAAUUCUAAGAGACGCUGGUACGGCGACGGAGUAGGCUUGUACAGAACCCACCUUUUUGGAUCACCGUCGAUUAUAGCAUGUUUCCCAGCAGUGAGUAAAUUCAUUUUCCAAUCAAAUGACAUUUUUAUUUUGAAGUGGCCCAGCGUAGAUAUUUUAGGCCAGAACUCUUUGGUAGUAGUUCAGGGAGAGGCCCAUAAAAGACUUAGAAACCACGUAACUAAUGCUAUCACUCGGCCAGAUGCUCUUUGCCGCAUUGCUGUUCUCGUACAGCCUGGGAUGGUGGCUGCCCUCCAAUCAUGGGUCGAUAAGCGUAGAAUCAAUACUUACAUGGAGAUUAAAAAGUGCAAGAAGAAGCUUGACGCAAUAUUCAGAGGGGAACUUGAGAAGAAGAAAAGGCAACACGAGUCUGAGAAGACAAAUGAUCUAAUGGAUGGACUGAUGCAAAUUGAAGACGAUGAAGGAAGUCAAUUAAGUGAUCAAGAGGUGCUAGACAACAUUGUUGGCCUUGUUAUUGCUGGGUAUGAGUCUACGUCCGUUGCUUCAACGUGGGCUAUUUACUAUCUUGCCAAGUAUCCUAAUGUCCUUGCAAAGCUACGGGAGGAGAACACUGCUCUAUGCAAGAACAAAAAAGGAGAUUUCAUUACAAGUGAAGAUGUUGCUAAACUCAAGUACACAAACAAGGUGGUGAAGGAAACCAUUAGAAUGGCCAACAUUGCAGUGCUUAUUUUUAGAAUGGCCACCAGAGAAGUUGAGUAUAAAGGUUAUAAGAUACCGAAGAAUUGGAAAGUGAUUGUCUGGGCUCGAUACUUCCAUACAAACCCUGAAAAUUUUGAGGAUCCUAUGUGCUUCAACCCAGACAGAUGGAAUGAACCGGCGAGGCCAGGAACUUAUCAAGUUUUUGGUAAUGGAUCUAGAAUCUGUCCAGGAAACAUGCUUGCUCGCCUACAACUGGCACUAUUUUUACAUCAUUUGUGUAUAGGAUACAAGUGGGAACUACUUAAUCCUGAUGCUGACAUGAUUUAUCUUUCACAUCAAAUGCCAGUUGAUGGGGUUGAGAUUGUAGUCGACAAGAUUUAGUAAUUUCUUUCUUGUUAAUUGUAAUGUAUGAUAUUAUUGAAUAAUAAUAAUG